AUGAAGCUCACAUUCGUUGCUCUGUCGGCUCUGCUGGCCAUUGCCGUUGCGGACACUACCACUGCGGAAGCGUCUGUCAUUACCAGCACUCCAGAGACAGAAUGUGCAAAGCAAUGCGACCCCAAGGACAUCUGCUGUACUGCAAAGUGCUACAAGGUUCCCUGCCCGAGCGAUAACCAGGCCGACGACACCAACAACUGUGUUUCUGCCUGCCCUCAGGGCAAUGGCACCCCUGCCGACAUCCAGAAGUACUCCGACUGUGAGCAGUCUUGCUACAGCUCCCACUUCUGGGGUGGCCAUGGUGCCACAGCUACCCACCCUUCAACCUCGACUUCCUCCGGCAGCACUGCGACGCAGACUGGCUCUAGCUCAUCAAGCACAAGCUCUUCUGAUUCUAAAUCCUCGAACAAUGACACCAACGACUCCGACUCUUCUGAUGGAACAUCAACCAGCUCCUCCACAUUCGCACAGCAGACCACCAACGCUGGUGCUCACGUCAAGCUAAGCGCUUCUGCUGCUGGCCUGUUUGGCCUGGUUGCGGUUGCAUUUGCUCUUUGA